AGAUGUAUGACUGAUUGCGAGAUGUGUGCUUUGAAAAGGUAGCUGCCAUGAACUGUUUGGCUUUUACUCUCAGAGCAAGCUGCACAAUAAGCGCAGCCUCGUCAUCCUCGAAGCUGCUGAAAACGAAGAGCCGUAUACUCACUCAAACAUGCUCUUUACGAGAUGUGGACUACUUUGGCUGGAAGAUCUCCUACGAGUACCCUGGAAAAACGAUGAAGUUCAAAAAAGUUCCUCCAGCUGUAGGAUAUUCUAACUUGAAAACAUACGUGCACAGAAUGAAGAAACAUUUACCAUGCGAAGUCGACCUGCGGAAAUUUGCUAUGUCUACCUUGACCGAAAGGGCGUUUUCGGUCAAACUACCCGAAGAGUAUUCGAUUGACCCCAUACCGGUUAGUCGCACCGGCGGUCGUGACCCCAAUACGGGAAGAGUCGCAGUGCAUCACAGGGGAGGGGGCAAGAAAAAGUUUUUCUACUGGGUAGACUUCAACCGACUUGGUAUGUCCGAGGAUUCUGAUUUAGAGGAGAAGGUUUUGUGGAUCGGCAGAGAUUUGUACAGACCUCCGUUUGUUGCGUUGGUUGCCAAUGGCGUUCAGAAGAGAUAUAUACUGGCCCAUGACGGGAUGAAAGUGGGAGAUAUUAUAAGAAGCACGCGUCACAUUCCGAGCAUUUUCGAACGUUUAAAAGAUGGUGACGCACACCCGUUGGGUGCUAUUGCACCGGGAACGCUUGUAUCCCAGAUCGAGAUCUACCCCAGAACAGGCGCUAUUAAAUGCAGGGCGGCUGGAGCAUGUGCAACAGUAGGAGAACACAUUUCAAACGAUAUGGUUGUUGUAAAGUUGUCUGAAAGGCGCCAAAUAGUCGUUAGUAAAAACUGCAUGGCCGUUAUCGGUCGGGUUUCGAGGACCGGUCCCAAAAGAGAAGUGAUUGGGAGUGGAUCUCGGUACAGGUGGAUGGGCAAAAGGCCGGCGAGUGGUUGGUGGCAGAGGAAAACGGGUCGCUUUGGACGAAAGUUGAACAGAAAGAAGAUUUCAGUUGUUUACGAUCCAAAUCUGCCUAUUUCGAAGUUUUUUACUUCACCUCCUCUUGCUUGCAGAAAAUAAAACCCACAAUGCUGUUCAAUUGAUUCUAUAUUUUUUUUGCUUAAAUACAAUAUUGAUUUUUUUCAUGCUAUGAUCCAAAGUUGAAACGCAAUAUCAA